UCCCCUCCUUCCCGCUCCCCCGCCCAGGGCUCGCACACUAUCUGUUGCUCUCACGGCGGCAGCGGGUGGGGGCGGGCGGACGGGCUCACACUCGUGCUCCCACUCGCGCUCCCCGCACGCCCCGCGCACCAUUGUUCCUGCCCGCCCGCCCCGCUUUAUUUGGGUGUUUUGUUCGCUCCCCGGCGCGGAACUCCGCGCGCCCGCCCGCGCUGGAGCGGCACAUUCAUUAUCGGCCGGGGGCUGAUUUCAAACCGCUGCCAUCGCGGCUCCAUUGUUCGCCGGGCGGCCAGGCCCCGCCCCCCUUUGUGUGGCGCGGCGGCGAUUGGCCGGCGCCGGGCGGAGGGCUGCCGUCACCGCUCGGGAAGCCCAUUCAUCUGUGCACUUGGGCGUUGGACUCCGCAUCUUAUUAGCAACCAGGGAGAUUUCUCCAUUUUCUCCUUGUCUACAUUUCUUUGUUGAAUAAGCCAGCAUGGGUGCCCAGUUCUCCAAGACCGCUGCGAAGGGCGAAGCCGCCGCCGAGAAGCCCGGGGAAGCGGUGGCCGCGUCUCCCUCCAAGGCGAAUGGACAGG